AGCAGAAGAUGAAAAAAUUUACGAAAUUAGAAGGACUCAAACGAAAAAUGUUUUUUUUAACUUCCGGUAACCGGAGCUAGUCCAUGGCCAUACCCAUUACCAACUAAAAGCUUCGAUCCUUGCUGAUUCCGCAAGCAAAAAAAAUCUCAAAGUUUAACAGAAGUGGAAUUCAUGAUUGAUCCAGCUGAGUAGCUACAAGAUGGAUAAUCGAAACGUUGUCGUUUGCGACAACGGCACUGGGAUGCAAACUUUGAAUUCAAUUUCUGGUUAUGAAGAUCAUCAUCCUAACGACUCAAGCAUGAUGCUAUUCCUUUCCUAGUGGAGCCUGCUAUUCAGUUUUAUGAAUAUGUCAAGUGUGGCUUUGCGGGUGAGAAUUUUCCCACAUCUGUAUUCCCUUGUGUUGUGGGGAGGCCAAUGCUAAGAUAUGAAGAGUCCCUUAUGGAACAAGACCUGAAGGAUAUUAUUGUGGGAGAUGAAUGCUUGAAGUUGCGCCAUCAGUUGGAUUUAUCUUAUCCCGUCAACAAUGGAAUUGUACAAAACUGGGAUGAUAUGGGGAAUGUGUGGGACCAUGCAUUUUUCAACGAACUGAAGAUAGAUCCAACAGAAUGCAAAAUUCUGCUUACAGAUCCACCUCUCAAUCCAUCCAAAAAUCGUGAAACGAUGGUAGAAACCAUGUUCGAGAAGUACAACUUUGCUGGUGUCUUCAUCCAAAUUCAAGCCGUUCUAACAUUGUAUGCUCAAGGUUUGUUGACUGGGCUUGUCAUCGACUCAGGUGAUGGAGUAACACAUGUUGUUCCCGUUGUAGAUGGAUACUCAUUUCCUCACCUCACGAAAAGAAUGAAUGUCGCUGGACGGCAUAUAACGUCUUAUAUGGUUGAUCUGCUACUUCGGAGAGGGUAUGCAAUGAAUAGAAGUGCCGAUUUUGAGACUGUCAGGGAUAUUAAAGAAAAGCUCUGCUACAUUAGUUAUGAUUACAAGAGAGAGUAUCAGUUGGGGCUUGAAACGACAAUUCUUGUUAAGAAUUAUACUCUUCCAGAUGGGAGGGUACUUAAAGUUGGCACAGAGAGGUUCCAGGCACCUGAGGCUCUUUUUACUCCAGAUCUUAUUGAUGUUGAAGGUGAUGGCAUGGCUGACAUGGUAUUUCGCUGCAUCCAGGAGAUGGAUAUUGACAACAGGAUGAUGCUCUACCAGCAUAUUGUUUUGAGUGGUGGAAGUACCAUGUAUCCUGGCUUACCUAGUCGCCUUGAGAAAGAAAUUUUGGACCGCUAUCUUGAUGUUGUUCUGAAGGGGAACAAAGAUGGUUUGAAGAAAUUGCGCUUACGAAUAGAAGAUCCACCCAGAAGAAAGCAUAUGGUGUAUCUCGGUGGUGCAGUUCUGGCCGGAAUUAUGAAGGAUGCCCCUGAGUUUUGGAUCAAUAGACAAGAUUAUUUAGAAGAGGGAGUUGCAUGCCUAAGCAAGUGUGGUCAGGCAUGAUUUUUACAUGUCCAUGAAUUGUUUAAGCUCUGGCUAUCUUUUCAAAGAAAAGCUUGGAAAUGUACAGAUCAAGACGUGCUGGAAAUGACUCUUUACCAUUCAAAAAGAAGUUCUUGUACUGUAUUUUGCCAAAAAAUUCUCAAAGAGACAGGACGUGUCAUACUUGAAUGUUUUUACUGCAUCUGCUUUCCAUGAAUUGUUUAAGGCUUGAUUUUGAACUUGUACAGUCCGUAUUGAAGUAAAACAUUGCUAAUUGGAACUGCUUUCCGUUCCUACUCUUCUGUGAAGUAUUUAAAUGUGUGCUGAAACAUAAGCAGCUUAUUCCGUAA